AAUAAAAAGAGACGAAAGCCCUCAGUUUCCGCGAUUCUCGCGCUGCCCGGAACUCGAUUUCAUCCCAAUUAUCUCGAUUUCAUUUCUAUGUUGAAACUUGGGAGUAUGUCUGAUGAAUUCAGUGUACAUCUCUUGCUGAUUAGCCGUGAUUUGAUUGGUACAAAUGUUUUAUCAGUGUGAUUCUUAGCAAGCUAUUUACGGGAAACCUCGAGAAGUACACUAUGAUUCAUCAUUCCACAACCCGGAAUAGAAGCAAAGGUGUCAAGAUUAAGCAGAUAGUACAAGUGGCUUUGCUUUUAGGUGUGGCUUUAUGGUUGGUUUACCAAAUCAAGCAUUCUUAUGAUGAGGAUCAAAAGAAGAUAAGCACUGGAGUUGGAGACUUAAAUUUCGGGCGUAAGGGAAACCCGGGGACUGAGAACAGUGUCAGUGUAGAUUCAAAUGGAAGUGACACCGGUGAACAAAAUGAGCGGAAAGGCUUAGAUAAUGAUACUAAUGAACAUGGAGGAGUGAAUACUAAAGAUGAGAUUUCGUUUACCGAUGCUGAUCCAGAUGUGAAUACUGCAAAAGAGGUUUCUAAUAAGGGAAGCGAAGAAUCCCAAGAAGACUCCAGCCUCAAUGAAGAGAAAAAGCAUGUUGAUUCUAGUGAUAAGAGUAGUGGUGACGAAAUUAGAAAAGAUAAGGUAGAUGGAAAAGAUGUUUUGCAGCUUCCCAGUCAGAUGGAUGAUGAUACUGAUAAAGUUGAAGAUGGUACGGGAGGAACAAAUUCUAAUGCACCGAUCAAGGUAAAUCCUGGCAAUCAAAGAGAACAAAACAGCGAUUCGGGCAAGAAUGUUGGGGAAAAUGGGGACAAUGCAAAAUCUGAAAGUGGAGAGUCUUCAAAUGCAUCUCUUGAUGCACAGACAUCAGAAGGAUAUGCAAUUAAAUCACAAGAAGCUGCUGAGAAUGCAAAUUCUGUUUCUGACCUACAAAACAAUGCAUCAUCAACUGAGGAUGAAGUGACAAAUGAUUCAAAACAGGACUCUGAGGAUGAGAAUUCCGUUUCUGAUGUACAAAACAAUGCAUCACCUACCAAGGAUGAAGUGACAAAUGAUUCGAAACUGGAUGCUGAGAAUGCAAAUUCUGUUUCUGAUCCACAAAACAGCGCAUCACCAACUGAGGAUGAAGCUACUAACAGGGAUAAUGGUGGACAACAAGUUGGAGUUUCUGAUAAACAAAAUACUGAUAAUCAGACAGCAGAAGUUGGCAACACUGAUAAUACAAAACCUGAAGAUGAUGUUGACUCAGCAAAACCGAAUCCGGAAAACAACAGAGUGAUGCCGACCAACUUCGAGGCAUCAAUAAAGGAUUCAUUUGAAACACAAGGCGACAAUGCUCAGGCCGAAACUACUGAUAACAACUCAUCAGAAGAAACAAAGGCUGGCAGGCCUGAUGAGGAUUCCUCUUCUGAUGCACAGAAUAAUUUAGAAGUGUCAGUAACUGAGAACACUGAAGUUAUGAAUUCCCAGGACGGCGGUGACAAAAAUGCUGAUAUGACCAGCAACGAAGAGAAUGCCGAAGAAAACAAAAUUCCUGAACCUGAGUCUGAAACCAAAUCAGAUCCCGAAGAUUCCAUUUCUUCUCAGACUGCACAUGGCGAUGCAAAUAGCGAAAUGAAGGACAAUGGUGAGAUUGAAUCUCAAUUAAGCAAUAGUAAUGAUCUAUCUACUGCCAAUUCUAAUGCUGAAGCAAUGCAAGGAGAUGGUAGUUCUUCAUCAUCAUCCAGCUCACCGGAGGUUUCCCAGGCAGCUAAACUCAAAACUCAGAGAGCAACACAGAAAAACCGGAAGAAGCAACGACGUCAUAAACAAAAGGAAUAAUUCUAGAUGCUUAUUUUUUGAUCAUGCAGUAUAGUUGGUUUGUUUAUUAUUCUUUUUGUUUCUCAUAAUCCCUGUUUUCAUUCUUUACAUCAGAUUUUUUUUAGUGUCUAUUCUUGACUUCUUCAGUUUUAAUGUAAAGAGUGUUUAUGUUUCAUCAAA